AUGUACGUAUCACUCCUCCUAGAGACUGAUUUCCGACUUUGUUACUUACACUACAUCUAUAGGCAUCGACCCAAGUCUUCCGUCGCUGGAUCGACGCCCUCCAAAACUGGCCGUCUUUACUCCGUUGGGCCUCAGGCUUCACUAGCCCUCUCGAAACCUUUCAAAUGCCCUGGUUCAGAGACCCGUCGAGUGUCUGACAAACCCGCCCGCAAACGCCGUAAAGUGAACUAUGCUGGGGCAGAUGGUAGCGUUGACGAUGAUGGCGCCAAACCAUGGACAAAUGAGGAUAGACUCGCCCUCGCAAACCGUGACGCAAACCGCUUCCCAGUAUUCAAGGUCAAAGAUAAAGAAAUCGCCUUUCGCCAACGAUUUCAUGUCCCUCUAAUCGACAAGUCGAGUGGUGACUAUAGUUCUGGCCGCGCCGCUCCGACUCUGGGGAUGCGGUGCGGAGCGUCUUUUGUCGUUAAACCUCUACAUGACCCUAGCGGAGAGUUUGCAAUCGUACUUUAUGAUCCAACUAUCGACGAUAAACCGAAUAACAAAGAAGAAAAUAAAGAAAACUCUGAGAAUAAAGAUGGUAAAGAGGUCGAACAAAAGAAGCUGGAUCAGCCGCUAGUGCAUAAAAGUCUAGCAGAGAUAUUAGGAAUCAAGAAAAAUGUUGAUGAAAGACCAAAAGUACCCGUUGUUAUUGAUCCGAGACUUGCAAAGAUCUUACGACCACAUCAGAUUGAAGGUGUAAAGUUUCUCUAUCGAUGUACCACUGGACUAGUUGAUAAGAAUGCCAAUGGGUGCAUUAUGGCAGACGGUAUGGGUCUGGGGAAGACACUACAAUGCAUUACUUUGAUGUGGACUUUACUUAAACAAUCACCGGAGGCAGGUAAGCCGACGGUCCAAAAGGCUGUCAUUGCAUGUCCAGCUACACUAGUAGGCAACUGGGCAAAUGAACUGGUGAAAUGGCUGGGCAAGGACGCUAUCAACCCCUUUGUAAUCGACGGAAAAGCCUCGAAGGCCGAGCUUAUAUCCCAAUUAAGGCAAUGGGCAAUUGCCUCUGGCCGUUCAGUUGUCAGACCUGUCUUGAUUGUCUCCUAUGAGACACUGCGAAUGAAUUCGGAUGAGCUUCGAGAUACCCAAAUCGGGCUGCUUCUCUGCGACGAAGGCCACCGGCUAAAGAAUGCUGACAGUCAAACUUACGUUGCACUGAACAAGCUCAAUGUCCAGAAACGUGUUAUUCUUUCUGGAACGCCUAUUCAAAACGACUUAUCUGAAUAUUUUAGUCUUCUCGACUUUGCAAAUCCAGGCAUUCUGGGAUCACGCAGUGAAUUUCACAAGACGUACGAAAUCCCUAUUCUCCGUGGCCGUGAUGCGGACGGGACCGACGAACAGCAGCAGAAAGGCAAUGAGCGCCUCGCGGAACUUCUCAACCUCGUUAACAAGUUCAUUAUUCGAAGGAGCAACGACCUUUUGUCCAAAUACCUCCCCGUCAAGUACGAGCACGUUGUCUUCUGCAACCUUGCUCCAUUCCAGCUAGACCUAUACAAUCACUUUAUCCAAAGCCCUGAAAUCAAGAGUCUCCUCCGUGGUAAAGGAAGUCAGCCCUUGAAGGCAAUUGGUAUUUUGAAAAAGCUUUGCAAUCAUCCCGAUCUUUUGAAGCUCUCAGAAGAUCUACCAGGAUGCGAGCAAUAUUUCCCAGAAGACAUGACAGUGUCCAAUGGCCGCAGAGGCGACCGCGAAGUCAAAUCUUGGUACUCUGGCAAGAUGAUGGUCUUGGAUCGAAUGCUUGCACGUAUCCGACAGGAUACUAAUGACAAGAUCGUCCUAAUCAGCAAUUACACGCAGACAUUAGACCUCUUUGAGCGUCUGUGCCGGGCGCGUGCGUACGGCUGUAUACGCCUGGACGGAACUAUGGGUGUCAAGAAACGAUCGAAACUAGUCGAUAAGUUUAACGACCCCAACGGAGAGGAAUUUGUCUUCUUGCUGUCUAGUAAAGCAGGCGGAUGUGGUAUCAACUUGGUUGGAGCAAACCGCUUGGUGCUCUUUGACCCCGAUUGGAACCCUGCUGCUGACCAGCAGGCAUUGGCUCGAGUGUGGCGUGACGGUCAGUCAAAGGACUGUUUUGUCUACCGGUUCAUUGCCACGGGCACGAUCGAGGAAAAGAUCUUUCAACGCCAGUCGCAUAAACAGUCACUAUCAUCAUGCGUGGUUGAUUCAGCCGAGGACGUUGAGCGCCACUUCAGUCUCGACUCGCUUCGAGAACUUUUCCAGUUUAAGCCAGACACGACCAGCGACACACAUGAUACGUUCAAGUGUAAACGUUGCAGGCCGGACGGGGCACAGCAUAUCAAGGCGCCUGCCAUGCUGUACGGCGACACCAGUUCUUGGAACCAUUUUGUCAACACAGGCGAGAAGGGCCCUAUGAACCGGAUCCAGGACUUACUGUUACGACAGGAAACGACGGAGCAAGCGGUCAGCGCUGUCUUCCAGUAUAUCAGCCAUUAA